AGACAGACAGACAGACAGAAAGAUAGAUAAUUUAUUUUAACACGUAAGAGUUGCCACGGCGUCCGUCUCUUUGGUCCAGUUCAGACUUACGGAAGCGGGAGGAGGCUCCGAAGAAAUCUGUCCAUGAUGUCGGAAUGUGGGAUGCAGAAGCGGGACAGAAUUGCGCUGCUAAAGCGCUCUGUGGUUCUCUGCAAAGAAAUGGUGGUGGACGAGUUGCUCAUUCAGUCUCUGCAGGCAGACGAGAUUCUUACGGAAAACAUGGCAGAGGAAAUUCUGGCUCAGCAGACGUCUCAGAAGCGCAACUGCCGUUUGCUUUUCUUCCUACCCAAGCGAGGCCCCAAAGCAUUCAGCAGCUUCUGCUCAGCUCUCAGAGACACUGAGCAACAGCACUUGUAUGCCCUACUCACACAAUCGCCAGAGAAAGAUGGUAGAGAGAGGAAUGGAGAGAGGGUUGUGGAUUCUACUUUCCCACUUCCCACACAAGAAGAAAUUGCUGCUAAGAGACCAAGGAUGCAUGAUUCCAUGGAGAUGAGUCUGGAUGCAGAUAGUCCCAUCACCACUCCAGUGCUUCCCUGCACUCAUGACUUCUACCUCUCUCACUGCCAGCAGUCUUACAGAAUGGGGUCCUUCCCACGUGGCCUUGCCUUGGUGAUCAGCAAUGUGAACUUUGACCCCUGCACUACCCCUGACCUUGGCCUUAGGACGGGAGGUGAGGUAGAUGAGGAGGUUCUCAGGAAAGUCUUCACAGAGAUGGAUUACUCAGUCACUGUCCACAGAGACCUCACAGUGCAGGGCAUGCGAACAUGCAUUGAGCAGUUUCGGCGGAGAGAAGAUCACCAGACAGUAGACAGCUGUGUGGUGUGUUUGCUGUCACAUGGAGUGGAAGGAGCGGUGUAUGGCAUUGACGGACAGUUGCUGCAGCUUGACUGGAUUUUUGAGGCAUUUGACAAUGCCCACUGUCCUUUGCUUCAAAAUAAACCCAAGAUGUUCUUUAUUCAGGCCUGUAGAGGAGAGGAGAUGGACUGUGGAGUGGAGCAGAUCGAUGGGCCGGAAAGAACCUGCUCCCCAAGCUGUGAACAGAGGGAUGCUGGGAAGGAAGGAGAGGGUGAUGCAGACUCCACACAGAGAGAGGAGUUUGGGAGGCCCAGGAUUAAACUCCCCCAGCGCUCUGAUAUGAUCUGUGGCUUCGCCUCCCUCAAAGGUCAGAGACUUUGCACAGCAGCCAUGAGGAACACAAAAAAAGGAUCUUGGUUCAUUCAAGAACUCAACGCAGCACUACGCCUCUGCGCCAGAGACACACACCUUGCAGACAUCCUGGUGCAGGUAAACAGCCGAAUCAAAGAGCGAGAGGGUCACGCUCCUGGAACCGCCUACGAUCGCUGCAAAGAAAUGUCAGAGUUCACCAGCUCUCUCUGCAAAGACCUCUACCUGUUCCCCAAGUAUCACCCCCAGUAUUGACAUGCGCAUGUGCACACACACACGCACACUCACACAAUAGUCCUUUCAUUCCACCCAGAUUGCAGCCACACACUCACAUUCCAGAGUUAGGACUCUACACAUUCACAUUCAUACUGAAGAUUUAGUCAUUCCGAUUGCUGUGCAAAUAGCCCCCCCCUUUAUACACACAUGAGUGUAUACGCACGGCACACACACACACACCCACAUAUGUUGGGACGGAAAAAGGAAGAUUUCUUGUGUUAAUCCACAUGUGCUGAAAGGGGAAAUGUAUUCGUAUACAACUGACUGGCUAAGCUUUUUCUUUCUUGUGUUUUACUUUCCAUGCCAGUCAUGAGGUUUAAAUGUUGAGCCUUUUAACUAACAGACACAAAUCUUGUUUUUUUGGCUUUUGGUUCCUCACUGCACAGCAACUAUGAGGUCUCAGUGUCUCUUUUAUAAUGCAAAGCAUAUUUUGUACACAGAUCUAUUUUUGAUGCUUUAUUUUGUGUCAAAUUGUUUUUGUAAAGAUUUCAAAGCCCAUUUGUACAUAAUGUUAAUUUUGAUUUAGAAUCAACUCUUGUUGGUUACCAUAACCACAGGCAGGGGGCAGUAUAUAAUAAUUGGCUACCUCAACAUAGGAAAACGCUUUCAACUUCUCCUUCACUGUAUUUUGGGGGACUUCCAGGGGAAGCUUCACCCAGUACAUGUACAGAAGGUCCUUAUUUGACAGCUAUGGUCAAGUAAAUUGAAAUGUCUCAAAAAUGAAAUGUUUCUGUAAGUUUGAAGGCACUCCAACAUACUAGGUAUGUUCUGUAGAAAGUGACCAGUCACUCAAACAUGUUUGGUCUCAUGGACAGGGUUAUCUAAAGGCAUGAUGGGAACAUCUAACUGGCAGCUUAAAGGUUUAAUCUUCCUGACUGUUCAAGUCCGUAUUGUAGUAGUUCCCAUUCACGUAGGUUGAAUUCUUCCACCGGCUGUAAAGGCUCUCAUACGCAGCAGCAUACAAACCCAGCCGCUAAGUCACCUCUUGCAUCAGUUGUGUCGCUGUAAAACUGGGCGCCCCAGGGCGGUGGUCUGCCAGGGGAAUGCGGUGCUAGUUUUGGGGUCAUGCACCAACAGUAUGAACUCUGACCUUUCUGCUAACUCUGACUCUUAAUAGUAUUUCCCCUCGUGUGGACCGCCAGGUGAUCACAUUUGGGUUGGCUGCCGUGCUGUAUUUGUUGUAUGACUUGUGAUUUCUUGUUAUUCUUGUCUAUGCAAUUUUUCACAGGAGCCUCAUCACGAUAAGUGAUGUGUUUGAUGGACGUGUGGCCAUACUCUUGCAUGGGCAGCAUAGUGUAUCGCUUUGCUAGCCACACAGAGCCCCUGCACACGUCUGUAUGGACGUUGUUGACAUUUCCCAGAAUGUUCCUCACCAGGCAAGUGUGUUUGUCUAAAACAAUGUUGAAGAAAAGAGGACACCAUAGGAAAAGUAUAGACUGUUAAACAUUCAGAAACAGAAGCUUGUUGUACUUUUAAUACUGUGUAAGAUGUUCCCCUCGUAGUUUCUCUUCACACCUGUUCUGUCUUUGUUAAGAUUUCUGUCUUUGUUAAGAUUUCUAUCUUUAUUAGGAUGGCUUUUUUCUUUUUUUUUUGACCUCAUGGUAAAUAAUGUAUGAAUGACAUGAGAGCAAUAUGAAAGGGUAAGUGUCCUACCGUGUCAGACACGGAGAGUCGGGUUCAGUGCCGUGCUACUGUGGGGCGCAGGGAGGGGAAG